AUGUUAAAAAAACCUGAUGUUUUACCUAUGCUGAUCAAAAAUUUUAAUGAAAAUGUCAAUCGUUAUAUCAUGGAUACAGAUUUAAUGUUCAAUUUUCGUCAUGGAUUACUUGGGAAACAACAUACAGUAUUGAAAAAUAAACCUGAUGCGUUACUACUUCAACUGUAUAUCGAUGAUAUCGGGUUGACUAACCCUAUAGGUGCCAAAAAAGAUACUCAAAAAGUUACUAUGAUAUAUUUUCAAUUAGAAGAUUUACCUGACACUAUUAAAUCAAUCUUAAAUUCAAUAGGAGUUGUUGCCAUGUGUCAUUCUAAUUAUUUAACUAACAAGUUAAAUAGAAAAAAAAUUUUUGAUCCAAUAGUUGCAGAUUUGAAUGCUUUGCAAAUUGAUGGAAUUUUUAUUCCAACUCUUCAGACUCAUUUACAUUUUGCAUUUACGGUAGUAACUGGUGAUCAUUUAGCGUCGAAUGAUAUAGGAGGGUUCCAGAAAAUUUUCAAUACUGGAGAAUUCUGUAGACAUUGUCAUGUAAAUUAUAAUCAAAAACUUGUUCCUUUGAAUGAAACUACUCAUCUGACCAAUUUGAAUAAUAAUGUUACAUUACAUGGUGUUGUUGGUGCAAGUCCAUUGGUAAAUCUGAUAGGUUUUCAUGCUGUAACUUCUUUACCUAAUGACCCUAUGCACGAUUUUAAUGAGGGUGUUUGUGGUCAAUUAAUAAUGGCUAUGUUGAAAGAAGCUUCAACAAAAAGACUCCUUACAUAUGGUGAUAUUGAAAAUCGAUUGUUAGCGUUUGAAUAUGGUGAUAAUGAUAAGUCCAAUAAGCCACCAAUUUUACGAAAGAAACAUUUAAAAAAAGGAAAAGUUGUUGGCGAAGAUAUUGAUGGUGAAACACUUUUUAAUUUACCACAAUCCAUGAUGUAUGAAAUAAUUAAACCUAUGAAAGAUCGUGUACGUUUUUUAACUGAACAUCGUAAUUUAUUUGAUGGUGCAAGUAAAAAUGAUUCUGAUCAAUCAAAAUGUGAAAAAUAUAGUCAUAUUUCAUUAGAUGAUUCUCAGCAACUACUUGAGAAACAUAAUUUUAAUCAAACCACAACACAGUCCACAAUCAUGUUUUCAAGCAAUACUCAAGGUGGUGGUUCUGUAUUGGGUUCUACAACGACUUCAGAUAUUAUACAUGAGGAAAUAAUUAUAUCAUCAAAAGAAGAUGAAAAUAAAGAAAAUGAUGUGGAUGACGAAGAACCGACAUUGCCAUCUCCUUAUAUUAUACCAGAUUUACCAUUAAGAAUCCAACAAAUUAUUGAUAAAGGUGAAAUAGGUGAAUUCCGUAGUCAUACAAAUGCACGUCGACUUUUACUUGAUACAAUUUUUAAUGAUGUGACAACCAAAUAUUCGCUGUUGUAUCCUACUAGAGAUCAUUACAGAUUAAUGGGCAAAGCAAUACUAAAAAAAUUAAACACUUCUAAAGAUAAUGAAGCAUUGAAUGAUUGGAUUGAAAGUCUUAAAACAAAAUUUAAGAGAGAACGUCGUCCGCUUCAACAAAUAUCUGUACAAGUACAGAAGAUGAAAGCGGAGUAUGGAAAUAGUGCUGGUCGUCCAAUCAAACGAAGUGAGAAUGUCAUUGCACCUCGUCGAAUAUCUCCGGUUCAAUUUUGGAAUACAAUAGAUAUUCAUGAUGAUCCGGAAGAUUUAAAUAAAAACAUCCAGGUUAUGAAGAACGAAUUGGUAGAUCGGAAUGUUGAUUCGGAUUUGGUUAGAAGUUCAUGGAAAAAAACAUUAGUUCAAAGAAGAAAUUUCAUUAGAGAUCAUACAACAAAAGAAGUUCUUGAAGAAUACCCAGGUUAUUGUUAUGCUUCAUUGAUUUUCGACGAGAUUCGAUAUGUGUGUAAUGUUGAUAUUGAAGAAAAUUUCAAAUUUAUGUUGCCUAAAUUACUUGAUAGCAUUCCAGAUAAUUCGGGUUUUGUGAACGAUCUUCCAGCUGUACGUUUAAUUAAACUUUUAUCCAAGUAUUUUACUGAUUCAUGGCAACAAAUCGUAUCGAAUAAAGAACCAUUAUCGCCACGACCAGCUAUACAAAUAACAACAGAUCAGUUUAUUAUUUUUCUCGAUUAUGAAGUUAUUAGUGAAACAUCAUCAAUUGAUGAAGCUAUAUGUAUUGUUAUUUCAUUAUAUGUUAUAUUUGAAUUACAAUUUGGUAUACACAAUCGAAUUAUUCAAUUGUUAUAUGGUAUUCUAUUAAAACAAUCUGGAGCAUUAACUAAACCACUACGCAUUUUACUGAAUCAAUGGAGUUUUAUUAUUGAUAAAAAAGAAGAUAAAGAAGGUGGUGAUAUGAUAACAACGAACUCGACAAAUUUCAAAACUAUUACAGCUACAGUUGAAAGUGUGACACAAGUCGAAGAUAAUCAAACCGAUGAUUUACCAGAUAGUGAAGAACAAGAAGAAAUAUAUGUCGAAAGUACAACAGGUAAUAGCCAAGAUCAAACAACAGCUACAAAUAUUGGUGAUAAGGAUCUGAUCAAUGAGUAUUCAUCAGAAUCAUCGGAUUCUUCUUCUUCAUCAUCACCAAUUGAUCCUCCGCUUGUUAUUCAUAUUUCACCAACAAAAGAACAACAAAGACAAAUAGCAUCUUCAUCAUCUUCGAACGAUAAUACAUUAUGUGAAGUAAAUAUCAAACAGCAAGUAUCAGCAACAUCAACUGAUCGAUCUUCAGCUAUUUCAAAUAAAAAAACUUGUCGAGCAAAAAAACGUCCUGCUAGUUCCGAAGAACCAAUAGCAUUACGUGUAAAACGUACACGAGUUAAAAGACAAAUUAACUAG